CUGAUAUUUUCUCUUCCUAGGUUUUAUUUUAUUUUUAUUUAACCAUUUUAUAAUAAUAAUUAUUUUUGCCUGUAGUACAAAAUACAAAUUACAGACCCCAUCAUACUAAAAGAAAAAUUUAAUUUUGUCAAAGUACAAAACAAGAGAGAGGUGAAGCCACACAAUCUCUUUUUCUUCUCUUUCUCUCUCUCUGUUAUAUCUCUUCUGUUUAAUUCUUUUAUUCUUCUUCCUCUAUCUUCUCCUAAUCUCUCUUUUUCUAUCUCUCAAUCUUCGCUAAAGAAUAAGAAGAAAUAAUUCAUAUCUUUAUGCAAACUUUUUCAUAGGGUUUUUGAGCUAUUUAUAUUGUCUGGUUUAUGACACAAACUUUGGCUCUUUCUCAUGAUUUGGAAACUCAGGGUAUGAAAAAAAUUGCUUUCUUUUAAAUUUGUUUAUUGAUUCUUUUCAACUUUCUUGGAGAUAGGUUCUUGUAGAUCUUGAUGAAACUCCUUGUUUGUAUCCCAAAAGGAGUUUCUUUUUUUCUUCUCUUCUUUUUGGGUUUUUGAUUCUUGAGACAUGGCAAGAGAUCAGUUCUAUGGUCAUAACUCAGCCGAUCAUCAUCAUCAAGAACAACAACAUCAAAUGAUUAAUCAGAUCCAAGGUUUUGAUGGAGCAAGCCACAAUCCAACCGUUCAUCAUCAUCAUCAUCAUCAUCAACAACAACAACAUCAUUAUAACCAUCAGAUCUUUGGCUCAAACUCCAACAUGGGGAUGAUGAUAGACUUUUCCAAGCAACAUGAGAUGAGGAUGACAAGUGGGAUGGAUCAUCAUCAUCAUACAAGUGGUGGUACUGAUCAGAAUCAGCUUCUAGAAGAUUCUUCAUCAUCCAUGAGACUAUGCAAUGUUAAUAAUAAUUUCUCAAGUGAAGUAAAUGAUGAGAGACCACCACAGAGACCAAGCCAAGGUCUUUCCCUUUCUCUCUCCUCCACAAAUCCUACAGGCAUCAGUCUCCAAUCCUUCGACCUCAGACCCCAACAACAGCAACGACAACAAGGGUAUAAUGGUAAAUCAACGCAGCAUCAGAAUCUCCAACACAGCCAGAUGAUGAUGAUGAUGAUGAAUAAUCACCAACACAACAACAACAACAACAACAACGACCAUCAUCAUCAUCAUUUUCAUAUUGGGAGUUCCAAGUAUUUGAGUCCAGCUCAAGAGCUGCUGAGUGAGUUUUGCAGCCUUGGAGUAAAGGAAAGUGAUGAUGAGGUGAUGUUGACGAAGCAUAAGAGGAAGCAGAAAGGGAAACAACAAGAAGAGUGGGACACAAGUAACAACAACAAUGAUCAACAUCAUGAUCAAUCUGCAACUACUUCUUCAAAGAAACAUGUUCCACCACUUCACUCUCUUGAGUUCAUGGAACUUCAGAAAAGAAAAGCCAAAUUGCUCUCCAUGCUUGAAGAGCUUAGAAGAAGAUAUGGACAUUACCGAGAGCAAAUGAGAGUUGCGGCAGCAGCGUUUGAGUCGGCGGUUGGGAUAGGAGCGGCGGAGAUGUACACGGCGUUAGCGUCGAGGGCAAUGUCUAGGCAUUUCCGGUGUUUAAAAGACGGACUUGUAGGACAAAUUCAAGCAACUAGUCAAGCUUUGGGAGAAAGAGAUGAUGAUAAUCGUGCGGCCUCGAUUGCUGCACGUGGCGAAACUCCACGACUGAGAUUGCUCGAUCAAGCUUUGCGGCAACAGAAAUCGUAUCGCCAAAUGAGUCUCGUGGAAGCUCAUCCUUGGCGACCACAACGCGGUUUGCCUGAACGCGCGGUCACGACGUUAAGAGCUUGGCUCUUUGAGCACUUUCUUCACCCUUAUCCAAGCGAUGUUGAUAAGCAUAUAUUGGCCCGACAAACUGGUUUAUCAAGAAGUCAGGUAUCAAAUUGGUUCAUCAAUGCAAGAGUUAGGCUAUGGAAACCAAUGAUUGAAGAAAUGUAUUGUGAAGAAACAAGAGGAGAACAAAUGGAGAUUACAAACCCGACGUUCAUCGACACUAAACCUGAUCCAAACCAGAUAAUUCGUAUCGAACCGGAAUCUUUAUCCUCCAUAGUUGCAAAAACCGGCCACAAAGACAACUCAAACCAGGGAACGGCGUCGUUUGGGUCAACGUUUGAUUUUUCAUCAUACGGUAACCAAGCUGUGACAUACGCUGGUGAAGGAGGAACACGUGACGUGUCGUUGACGCUUGGGUUACAGAACGGCGGUGUCAGUUUAGCAUUAUCUCCAGUGACGGCUCAAGGGGCCCCACUUUACUACGGUAGGGACCACAUGGAAGGAUCGGUUCAGUAUACAGCGUCGAUGUUGGAUGGUGAUCAAGCUCAGAAUUUGCCUUACAGGAAUUUGAUGGGAGCUCAAUUACUUCACGAUAUGGUUUGAAGAAAAUUAAAAUUAGAAAUUUGAUACUCUUUAAAACCGAUUCGGUUAUGUAACGGUUUAGUUAGAUUCAAAAAAAAAAAAAAAACUAAAAUUAGAUAUUUUUAAAUAUACCGUUGUCUGAUUGAAUUGGGGAUUGGUGGAGACGGAGAUAUUAUAUGAGUUAGUUGGUUCGUCAAUAUCACUUCCUUGGAUAUAUAUAUAUUUUUUUUCUUAUAGAAAGAAUUAUUAUAUUCGAAUUGAGGGA